AAGGAUGUUCCAAUACAUCUUCUGAGAGUUGAAUUUCCCAAAACAGUGUUUUUUUUCUAAUGGGAAAAUGUUUUCCCAAAGAUUUGACAACAAAAACCAGUUUUUCUCAGAAAAAUUUAUUUGGCGUAAUAGCCGAAUUUUCAGUGGACAGAGGUGUAGAGGCAAAUGGAUGUUGGGGAUACAAACAUUUUAUACCGUAUCUUCAUUUGAAUGAAGAGCAAUUGUUUGUUUAUUCGGGUCAACUUUAACCUUUUUGGUCAUUCGUUGCCUUUUUUCCACACAGAAGAGAAAGUUCACCUAGCCUAAAAGACAUUUGUACUAACGUGUUACGGAUUCAGUAUGGAAAUAAUUCCAUGAUCUUAACUCGUGCAACAGCACUUAAAAAGAUAUCUCCAACCUGAUUUAAACAUACAAAAAUAUAAUUGCAAAAAAUAGAAGCAAGAAAUGAGUUCGAAUAUGUAUGCAGUAGUCGGGCACGCACAUGUGACAAAACGUCCUCUGAAUAAAUUCCCUUCGGCCAGUUGUCACACUUGUAGAGUGCAACAAAAUAACACGAUCAGAUCGCAAGUAUACUAGCUUAUCAAGAAUGACCAAAUUGCAAAGAGGUUUUCACGAUUCUUGUUGAAUAUCACUUAAUGGGCAAAAAUGCAAAUGUGACAGAAUGCACGAUCAUGAUUUAUUUAUAUUUUAAGGUUCACAUGCUUUUUUAUAGAGAACUGGUAAUGAAAACAAAUACAAUCUUGAACUGCUAUUUGAACUAGUCAAAGUGUAAUUAUUAUUUAUCUUUAGUAAUGAGCAAACAGUCAGAGGCUAGUUCAGCUUCGAUACGUAAAAUUAGAAAAAAAAAAUCAUUAUAUUUCAGUCGAGCUCUGUCAUCUGUUGAGAGCGGACAUUCAAAGGUCUAAAACAUGGCCUCGUUUACCGAAGAAAAGUGUCCCCAAACAUACGACGAAUACAAUUUCAUACUAGAUGCCCUACAUUUGGAAAAGGCUCGUAUCGAGCUGAACGAAACAGAUGAAAAUCGUGCUCAAUCGUUGGCUCAGAUGCGUGAAUGGAUCGCCAAACAUCCGCACAUUGGGAAAUGCCGAACGGAUUCGGUAUUUCUGUUGCGUUUCUUGAGAAUGCGAAAAUUUUCAGUCCCAAUGGCGCAGGAAAGCUUGGAGCGUUACCUGAUAGCGCUACGAUCGUUUCCACAGUGGUUCAAGAACCUCGACCCGCUGAACGAGGAAAUCCGGCUUUUCAACAAAGUCGGAAUGCUGUUCAAUUUAGGGGUUGACUCGCACGGACGAACCGUUGUAUUAUUUCGACCACGUGUCCUAAAUGUCCUGAAUAGGGAACAAGCCACCAUUGGACAUCAGAUGCGACAGGCAAUGCUGCUGCUGGAGACUACCAUCGAAGAGGAAACAUCCCAAAUCAAUGGCUACGUGGCGAUUGCUGACUUCGAAGCGAUUACACUGAAGCUGCUUUCUGUGUGGUCCUUGACCGAUGUCAGUAAUGCAGCGGAAAGUCUUUUCCAGUCAUUCCCGUUGCGAAUUCAAGAGAUCCACGCAAUAUGCGUCCCCAGAUUUUUUAAGAUUUUUGCCGACCUGGCGUUGUCUUGCAUGAGCGAGAAGAUCAGGAGUCGUGUUUACUGCCACAAAUCGCUGGACGAUGCCAUGAAGCACCUGGAGCUGUCCCUUCUGACGACCGACUACGAGGGUGGCACCCAGAAUCCGGACCAGUUGACGGAAGAUUUUAUAAAAUGUGCCGAGCGGAAGCGCACCCAGCUGCUGCUGAUGAACGAAAUGGAUAUCGACACGUCGCGGUACCAAUUUGGUGGGCAACAAAAGACCGUUGUAAGCGAAAUCGAAGCCGGAAUGGUGGGAAGUUUCAAGAAGCUGAAUGUCGAUUAGCUUUUGACUACUCCCUUAUAAUCAAAAUCCCUUAUAAUAAAUGUUUUAACACAGUUUUAGCUAAACCAAUCGCAACACUGCUUACGAACAGAAGUCCUGUAACAAAUAAAAGGCAUACAACCGUAAACAAAUAGUAAAAAGAAAUCUGAAUGUAAAAUAAAAACAACAAGCUUUACAAGGUGUGUAGGAUAAAAAUGUAAACCCACAUCCAAUUAUGUCCCUGGAGGUAAAAAAUGCACGAAAAAGAAAAAAAUGGGAAUGGUGAAAUAAACACGUGACAGGGAUGUUAAAAAAGUAAAGGAAAA